UGAGCGCCGCUCUUUUCCUCCUCCUCUCUGCCGGGUUGGUGUGUCUUCCUUCCGGCUUGUCGAAGAAAGUUGAGGGAGGUUCAGCGGCGACUGGGCUUUGACAUAAUGGACAGCCAGGGAAGGAAAGUAGUGGUGUGUGACAAUGGAACCGGGUUUGUCAAGUGUGGCUAUGCAGGCUCCAACUUCCCAGAGCACAUUUUCCCAGCGUUGGUCGGGAGGCCCAUCAUCCGCUCCACGGCCAAAGUGGGAAACAUCGAAAUCAAGGACCUGAUGGUCGGAGAUGAAGCCAGCGAGCUGCGCUCCAUGUUAGAAGUCAACUACCCCAUGGAGAACGGCAUCGUCAGGAACUGGGACGACAUGAAGCAUUUAUGGGACUACACCUUCGGCCCAGAGAAGCUCAACAUUGACUCCCGCAACUGCAAGAUCCUGCUGACGGAGCCGCCCAUGAACCCCACCAAGAACCGCGAGAAGAUCAUAGAGGUGAUGUUCGAGAACUACCAGUUUUCAGGAGUCUACAUUGCCAUUCAGGCUGUGCUGACUCUGUACGCCCAAGGUCUUCUGACUGGUGUGGUGGUGGACUCAGGUGACGGUGUGACUCACAUCUGUCCAGUCUAUGAAGGAUUCAGUCUGCCUCAUCUGACCCGACGUCUGGACAUCGCAGGCAGGGACAUCACUCGCUACCUCAUCAAGUUGUUGUUGUUGAGAGGCUACGCCUUCAACCACUCUGCUGACUUUGAGACCGUGCGCAUGAUGAAGGAGAAGCUGUGCUACGUCGGCUACAACAUCGAGCAGGAGCAGAAGCUGGCGCUGGAGACCACCGUGCUGGUGGAGUCUUACACGCUGCCAGAUGGUCGUGUGAUCAAGGUGGGAGGAGAGCGCUUUGAGGCCCCCGAGGCUCUGUUCCAGCCGCACCUCAUCAACGUGGAAGGUGUGGGAGUGGCCGAGCUGCUCUUCAACACCAUCCAGGCGGCCGACAUCGACACCAGGACCGAGUUCUACAAACACAUCGUGUUGUCCGGAGGAUCCACCAUGUAUCCUGGUCUGCCUUCCCGGCUGGAGAGGGAACUGAAGCAGCUGUACCUGGAGCGUGUGCUGAAGGGAGACGUGGACAAGCUAUCGAAAUUCAAGAUCCGUAUCGAGGAUCCACCCAGGCGAAAGCACAUGGUGUUCCUGGGCGGGGCCGUGCUGGCCGACAUCAUGAAGGACAAGGACAACUUCUGGCUGACCCGGGAGGAGUACCAGGAGAAGGGAGUCCGAGUGCUGGAAAAACUCGGGGUCACCGUCAGAUAAAAAGCUCUGAACGGACACAACCGCACACUCACACACACAGAGAAACACACACACACACACACACACGCAGGCAUACAGGACACACGCACACACACCCCCUCCCCCCGCCCCCCCACAUCCCCCCCCCACUCCCUGAACACCGCAGAGUAAAAUCUAUUGAUCUUCAUCUUUUCUUUUUUCCUCCUGGCUCUCGUUCCUCUUCGCGCUCUUUCACACCGGCACGGUUCUGGUUCCGGAAACCAAAAUUCCAGCCCACCUGCUGCGGGUCUCACUCGAGAACCAAGGUUACGGGUUCAAAGACAAGCGUUUGACAGAUUUGUCUGAGUCGCUGCGUCACGUGGUGAAGAAUUUAAAAAAAAAAAAACGGUUUGAAACUCCCCUGUAGAAACGUGUGGUUCUGGCCGGUUCUAAAGGUCAUUGUUGUUGUUGUUGUGGUUCCCCUGCAGAACCUUAGGUGAUAGUGUUCUCCAGCUGAGCUGUUGACAAACGGACGCAGGGGGGCGGCGACGCGGACGCACGAGUUAGAGAACCAAAGUUCUGAACGGAACCAGAGCUGAAACCAGGUACUUAGCCGUGUGAAAGAGCCGAAGGAGAGAACCCCACAGCCGUCACCUCCUCCUCCUCCUCCUCUUCCUCAUUCCUCUCUUGGCAUCUCUUCGCUCCUGCUCUGGAGUUGGCUCCUGCUUCUUUCUGGGUUUUCUUUUUUUUUUUUUUUUUAAAUUCAUAAUCAAGAGGGUAACUAUUCUCCCCACUGGUGCAUCUCGGACCCAGGUUUGUCCCGUACAGAUGCAGAAGGAACCAGUCUGAGGAACGUUGAAGCUGCAUGAUGUGAAUCACAGCCAUUCAGUUUUUUUUUAUUCUUAAUUUAAUGUUCUGAGCGGAUUUGAAGGUAAAUAAAACAACAUUCAGGGUCCAGAACCAAACAGCCACGCACCACUUCCUCUGCUCCUCACCUCCUGCGGGUGAGACAGAACCCGUCGCACCUCUGUGUGAGAUUUUCUUUUUUUUUUUUUUUUAAAUAACAUCUGACUUUUUUUUUUUCUUCUUAUUGGUGUGAAUGAAUUCUGAGCUCAUUUGUAUCUUAAUUCCUUUGGUUUUCACCUCCUCCCCCACCUCCUCCUCCUCCUCCUCCUCCUCCUGCCUCUGGCUGUGCACUACUACCAUUGUGAAUGGGCUGUUUGGUGGUGAAGAGAAGUUCCUCCAUGUUUUUAUGAAGAAUUGACGGUUGAUGCGAUGACUAAAGGGACAAACGGUGCAGCGCUUGGACGGUGGUCGGGCGAGGGUACUGCAGGGGUGGGGGUCUCCUCGGCUACCCCACCCCCCCCGUCCCUCCUCUCCUCCGGCCUCUGGAUGUAAACCUCUGAUCUGAGAGAGCAGCUGUAGCCCUGUUGAAAUCAGGCUGACGUUCCUCGACCGUCACCUUCCUCCUGAUCAACUGACACCGGUGGAUGGCGGGGUGGUAUUGGGGGGGGGGCAGUCACAGGCUGACGGACGAGAUUUGAUUGGUUUAAAGAAGAGAAAAUGUGGGAAAAUAAAACGGUAUAUAUUUGGGGUUUUUUCUUUCUUUUUUUGUUGAAGUUGAAAUGCUGUGGAGAUCACGGUUUUCAUUGGUUUUCCAGUCUUUUCUGCCCCCCCCCGACCCCCGACGGUCGACAUAUCGAUGACAGGAGGCACUUCUAUUUUGUCUAUGAUAAAUAUGUAUAUUUUUUUUUCCUCCUUUUUCCAUGAACGUCUCUCUAUCCAGUGCCAAGUGCAGUUAAUAUUAACUGGAUCUCACAUCUUUUAAUGUCUUUUCUUUUGUCACCGUUUUUGUUUUUAUUUUCCUGUGUUGUUCAUAGCAUAACUGCCUAACGCUGAUUUAAAUAAAGAAAAGUGAUUUAUAAGGA